UUUGCAUCCGUCUGGGAACAAACAUGGCUAAGCCAACAUAAUGGGACCUACGAAACGGGUGAACCACAAAGUAGGUGGGAUGUGAUUUGCCUAACAAGAAUAUUGGUGCGCCCUAGAUUCUAGAUUCCAAUCCACCGGUAGAUGUUCUCUCCAAUAAGUGUGGGCACAGAGGGAAUUGCAUAUAAUGCGCUUUUGAAAUCUUUUGGGGGAAUCCCGUUUGCUGCGAGUUAUUCCCCUGCUUCAUCCAUCUCUGGUUGGCGUAAUGGGAAAUUUACAUUAAGGUGUUUGGUUUCCUUCACUGGUAGGCUGAGCAAGGUCGUGGGUUCCUGGAUGCUUGUUGAAACCUUACCUGAGGUUCCUUUCUGGCCUGCCUAAAGUUGGUGUGAAGAGAAGUGCCUGGCAAGAGGAAAAGAAAGAUGUGGCAAAAUGCAGCAGUAACAUAAGUGCUAUUGCUGUAGAACCACAGUUAGAAAAGGCAAAGAAAAAGUGGUGCUGCUGUUCUGAAGGUGUUUGGCAGUGAAAAAGAUAGAUACUGGUUUUGAAGGGCAUAAUGGAAAAUAAUGCAAGCAAAGAUCUGCUUUCUGGCACUGUUGGAGGAGUAGCACAAUUGAUAUGUGGGCAUCCCUUUGACACAAUCAAGGUAAAGCUGCAGAGCCAGCCUGUACCUCCUCCAGGCCAACGGCCACGCUAUGCUGGUGCCAUGGAUGCUGUCAGACAGACAAUUACAGCAGAGGGCCCUCGAGGUCUGUACAAAGGAAUGGGAGCUCCAUUAGCUACAGUGGCAGCACUAAAUGCAGUUCUCUUUACUGCCAGAGGGCAGAUGGAAGCCUUAGUUAGAACAGCGCCCGGGAUUCCCCUUUCUGUGGAAAAGCAGGUAGUUUGUGGAGCAGGGGCGGGUGUUGCCGUGUCAAUGCUAGCUUGCCCAACUGAGCUAGUGAAGUGUAGAUUGCAAGCUCAAAGUGCUCUUGCCACUGGAGAAGCUGCUGCAGUUGCCACUGCUGGGACAACAACAGGUGCAUCCUCCACAGCAGUAGCAGCCUCCAUCAAAUACAAUGGACCAAUCAGUGUAGCCAAACAUGUUUUAAAGUCUGAGGGAGGGAUUCUAGGACUAUUUAAGGGUCUCACCCCUACUUUGGCACGGGAAGUGCCUGGAAAUGCAGUUAUGUUUGGUGUCUAUGAGGCACUAAAGCAGUAUUUGGCUGGAGGACGGGAUACUUCUGGAUUGAGCCAAGGUGCUCUUCUUACUUCAGGUGGGCUUGCUGGUGGUGCUUUCUGGUUGGCUGUAUAUCCAACUGAUGUUGUGAAGAGUGUUAUCCAGGUUGAUAAUUACCACCAGCCAAAGUACUCUGGCUCAAUUGAUGCAUUCAAGAAAAUUGUUGCUUCUGAAGGGAUUAAAGGUUUGUACAAAGGCUUUGGGCCUGCCAUGGCUAGAAGCGUUCCUGCCAAUGCUGCAUGUUUCCUUGCUUAUGAGAUUACAAGGUCAAGUUUGGGAUGAUAGAAUAUUUAACCAGAAUUCUGGUGUAUUGCACACAUUCAACAGAAACAAAAUGAUUUGGGAAAUGAGUGCCUCCUUCAUUUGAAAGCUGCUUUCAAUUCAACGAUUUUACAAAUGUUUAUCAAUCAUCUCUUUUGAUGAAAUCGGCUUUUAUUUUCA